AUGUCCUCACAAAUGGAGCCAAUAGUCGUGUCAGUCGAAGCACUCGAUGACGACGAAAGUGAAUCUCUCGACUGGGUAGUAGACCCCAGCAAAGCUCUGCAGCCCAAAGACAUCUUCCACGACGUGCAAAAAUUCGUGGUGAAAAUUUACGAGUUUGUGCAGCAUCCAAAAGAUUCGGCCUACAACGGAUUCGCGUAUAGCUUGCAACCCAUUUUUAAGAAGCACAAACAGCACAAUCAACAGAAACAGCAAGCGACUAUCCACAAAGUGAUGCUGGAUCCUUUUGGCAAUUUUUCAUUUACACUUGGAUUCUCAUUAAACUUUCAAGUCAGCAACACCGUUGGCUUUACGAAAACCAGAUGA